GCGCGUGCAGCUCUCCCACAUCUGCGUCAGUGUUGUGCAAAUAGAUGUCAGGACGUGUAGCUGAGCGCUGGGUAUUUAAGGGCCAGCCGCUCGCUUCUCUGAGAAGUUACCCACAUCCACGCUCACCCUCCCUUCGCUUGGCUCCUCUGACUGCACGUCUAUUGAAGCGAUGAACGGCGGGAUCUGUGUGUGCGUGCUCCUGGCUGCCCUCUCCAGCAGUUGCCUGGGUCGCCCGCACCCCGCGCCCUUCCAGGAGGAGGGCAGGCCCGCCCCGCCCCAGCUGGACAGCGGCCUGUCCGAGCGCCCCCGCCACGCCCGAUCCACCCCCCUCGCCGGCCAGAUGAAGCCCUUCCCGCAGCCCGAGGAGGACCAGGAGGUGAACCUCAGUCAGCUGCUCGCCAGACUGAUGUCCAGGAAAGGAUCCUAUCGUAGGAACUCCACGAUGAACAGCCGGUCCAGUGGCCUCAGCGCCAACCACAGAAUAAAAGACAGAGACUACCUGGGCUGGAUGGAUUUUGGCCGCCGCAGCGCCGAAGAGUAUGAAUACUCUUCAUAAGACCAGCUCUCUUCACCGAGGGAUAGAAACCCACAUCAGUUCUUUGUCUUUGGAAAAAAAAAUCAGUGUCUCAAAAAUUAUAUUUAUUAUGUAUUUGAUGUACAUUUGUUUGUAAAACUAUAUGAUGCAAUAUAUAAAUACAUAUACAUGCCAAAUUUUGCAGAAACAGCGAGAAACAAGGUUCCUUUUUCUGAUUUUGAUUCAUAUUGUUGAUAGAAUAUUAUUAAAAUCAUUUAAUUAUGAAUACUUCCAUGCAAAGUCCAGUCUUGUCCUGUUGGCAGAAGAUUGUCAGAUAUUCAAGAAUAAAACAGGUCAGCAUAAAACAUUUGCACGACAUACUGUAAACUUCUCAUGACUGGCCCAAAAAUGGAAGCUCACACAUGGAUCAUUCCACUGUGCUAUUUUUACAAGAUAUUCUAUCUCUGUACUGGAUUUUUUUCUUAUUAAGAACAGAUGCUCCACAUUGCUCCACAAUGUACCAUCAGCCCAUUGUGUACAUGUGUACAUUUUAAAACAGCAACAAAAACAACAAUCACUGCAGCUAAAAAAUAUUUUUACAGCCCCUUCAGUCAUGGGAGAUUAAAAAUGAUUAAGCUUAUUUCUAAAUAUUGAAUUGCGAUGGUUUUAGGUAAUAUGCCGUACUAAAAGGAACCGAGUCGCAUUACCAUGGAUUUACGAGCUGAUUUUCAGGGAUAACUAGGCCAACUGAGUCAGGCGGUCUUAUUAGGCUCUGAACUAAUGAGAGGAUUAAGACUGUGCUCUGCCACAGGGGGCCUCGACAGAUAUGGAUCAUGACCGCAUGUCAUUGAUGCAAACUGUCAAUACAUCGCUGUGAAAUGAGAUGCUCUUUGCAUAUUGCUUACUACAUGUCCUCCAAGGCAUUGCAGAGAUUCCCAUAAGGCCCUAGUAUUGGCUGUGCUAUUUCUGCUGGUUAGCACUGGACACAGAUCCUGUAAGUAUGGUCACUGGAAAAUUUCUACCUUUAAACAUGGUACCUGUGUGCAGCAUAAUUAUAUUAAUUAAUAGGUGCAAAAGCAGGAGGAACAUGAACUGCAAUUUCACAAGCAUUAAAAUGUAUGAAUAUUUUCUAUAAACUGCUCAGAAUUCAGAUAUUAGAAAAUGAGAAAAUG